GGAGCGUGGGGUCCUCGCUCAGCCUUAGAGCUGCAGUGCGCGAAGCCGCCGGCGGGGGCGCGGCGCCUGGAAGGAUCAGAAAAAGCUCGCCAGCUCCAAAGAGAGGGAAGACUCUGCCGCCACUGCCCGGGGGACCUGCCUCUCUGGAACAUGCCUUUUUCACAGCUGGGUCUACAUCUUCAUCGAGCUAUCCAGUACAACCCCAAGGUCUUUUUCCAGGCAGAUGCCAAAGCUCACAUAUUCCAAGCUCAGAUCACCCUUUUCUAAUCCUGGUGGAGGUCUAACUCUAAACAAUUGAAUUCUUUAAGUAAAGAAGAACUCUUAUCUGCACAAAUGCCAACGUCUUGUGAGGACUAGCUGCCCUCCAUCCAAAAGCACACACCCCUUCUGUAUCAUGGGGCCUGGUGGUAGCUUCUUAAGUACAGGGCUGCUUCACAUCAUCAUAUGGGGAAGCCUGGCAGCCGUGGCAAUGCUCCUGGUCUUCAGUUUUCUGCUCUUCCUAUGCUCUAGCUGUGAUAGGGAGAAGAGACCCAAACACCAGAAUGGGGACCAUGAGAAUCUGAUGAAUGUGCCUUCAGAUAAGGAGGCAUUUAGCCACUCUGUCACAAGUCUGGCUACAGAUCCACUUGCCAGCAGUGAACAAAAUGGAGGACUCAGUAAUGGUGAUGUUCUCUCAGAAGAUAGCACAACCGCUUGCAUCCAGCCUUAUGAAGAAGUGCAAACCUCUGCUACUGACCUCCUGGAUCAACAGGACAGUCAGGGAAGAUCCUUAAAAUGUCAUCAAAGCAGGGAGCUACCCAGAAUUCCUCCUAACAAUGCCAUGGAAACUAUUCUGUCUACAAGAAAUACAGAAAAUGAUCAGGGUCUAGGUAUGGAAGGCCCCUACGAAGUGCUGAAAGACAGCUCCUCCCAAGAAAAUAUAGUUGAGGACUGUUUGUAUGAGACUGUGAAGGAGAUAAAGGAGCUGGCAGCAACAGCUAGCACAGAGAAGAGCUGCGACAGCAAGCCCAAAGCCGCUGUGAUGGUUAACGGGAACCUCGAUCAUGUUGCCGAGCGUAAAGUCGAAUCAGCCGAGUAUGCCUCCGUGGACAGGAAUAAAAAAAGCCGCCAGAGUGUUAAUUCGGAGAGUCCUCUUAGCAACACCCCAGACCUGGAAGAUGAAGCUCCACCUCCAGUGCCUGCGAAACUCCUUGAUGAGAAUGAGAAUGAGCAGGAGAAAGGAGCCAAGGAGGAGGAAGAGGUGGCAGAAGGGCCUAGUGAACCUGACAAGAGGCUUAGUUCACUGUCCUACAAAUCUCGAGAAGAAGACCCAUCUCUUACAGAAGACGAGAUUUCAGCAAUGUACUCUUCUGUAAAUAAACCAGGCCAGGCCACCAGAGCGCUGGAGUCUACAUACACCUGCAUUCCUGAAAUUGUACCUCAGAAGUCGCCAUCUAUUUGCAGUGGUCUUUAUGCCAGUGUGAAGGACUUGGAAAAUACCCCAAACCUUACCGCCAUGCCUCAGUCAACAGACAGACUAAAUGGGGAAUUAGAGCCAGACUAUGAAGCGAUUCAGACUAUAAACCGUGAGGAAGACAGAAAUGUUUUGGUACUGAACAACAGCCAAUCAAUCCUCCCACAAGAGAAUGACUAUGAGAGUAUUGGGGAUUUGCAACAAACCAAGGACAUCACUAGGCUUUAACUGUGUAAGAUGCAAGACUCUGGGAACCGGUGAUUGGCUGUAUUUCAGAAGACCCAAGGUGGAUUCACAGUCAACAUUUUAUCACUUACAAGCUUGACUGACAGCUUAGCAUACAAAAUUAUCUCCACUGAAAACAAAAAAGUAUUUCAUGUCAAGUGAAAUGAAAGCUCUGCCUGAAAUGUUUGAUAAGCUAUUGUCUGCUUUACACAUGGAAAUCACCUUCUAGAUGUAACCUCACUAUGGGGGAAAAGCAAGGGAUAUUGCUCCUUCUGAAGAACAGAGAAAGGCAAAGGGGAAGAAAAGUGUGUUGUUUUUAAAAAAAACACUAAAAACUAAAAACACAACCCUUAGAAUGUUUUGCCAAGAUAUGUGAUGCCAUUUGACUGCUUUUGUAGGUACUGGUUACCACCAUAAAGUAUAGAUAUAAUAAAAGCUGACGGUACUGGAAAGGCCUCCAUAGAAAGAGCUAGCAUUUGGUAAAAAGUGUUUAAUGUUUGCCACUUGCUGUAUGUGUGUGUGUCCAUGCCUGUAUUAUAUGCAUACACACACACACACACACACACACACACACACGGUUUUAAUUUUCUUUAAAAGGGCAUUUUGUCAUCUAUUUUUUGGGGGGGGGAGGACAAGUUGUAAAUUCUCUUAGGAUAUUUUCACACAUGCACCAUUUGUAGUGCUUGGCAUGGAUCAUCUUGUUUCACCGUGUAUACAUGCCAGCUUCCAAACAGCUAGUUUGCAGCAACAUGCUUAAUGCAACCAUGGAGACUUUUGUCAUUGUAAGUCAACAAGGAAGCUGACCUUAAUCUUAUGCUUCAGCUUUUGUCUUGCUCUGCAGAGGUGGGAAAAUGCUAGGAGAGGGCAGGGAGAUGGUAUUUUGGGAAAUCUGCACAUCACGUUUUGAGGAACUACAGUUAAAUAUUGUUGAAGGUGGUUUGCACUUUUGUUUGCUGUACAGCAGACAGCAUGUGGCCCUUUAGUUGGUGAUGGACUGGAAAAUCCCAUCAUCCCUAAUCAUUUUCCAUUGGUGGUCCAACAACAUUGGGAAGUGGGGAGUGUCCCUGGACUAUAGUAUGGUACUGUCAUUCACAAGUGAUCUAUUCCCACAAUGAUUGAAUAAAACUUGUAGAAUCCA